UCUCAAAGGCAUGGAAGGUGGCAGGAUCGUACAGACUCUGAGAUUUCAUUGAAAGAGAAACAUCCCAUGACAGGGACUUCCCUUGCUGGCAGUGGCAACAUUGCGCUGAUGGACAAAGUUCUCCAGGUCACCUUUCGUGUGUUCCACGCUUUGCUUUUGCUGGGAGCACCGAACUGGACAGGUGCUACUGAGGAUGGGGAUUCUAUCAGUAGGGACUCUGACUCUGUUGGAGAAGGGGGAAAGGACUGGCCAACUGUGUACGUCACAACCAUCCUGGAAGACCCCUAUGUGAUGGCCAGAGGGACGGAGCUCGAGGGCUAUUGCAUCGACCUGCUGGAGAAGCUGUCCAGAAUGGUGCACUUCAAAUACAAGGUGGGCGUCGUGAAGGAUGGCAAAUACGGAGCGUUGAGUCCCAAUGGGAACUGGUCUGGGAUGAUCGGAGAGGUUGUGGGAAAGGAAGCGGACCUGGCUGUUGCUCCAUUAACCAUUACAUCAGUGAGAGAGGACGUUGUUGACUUCACCCAGCCGUUUCUGCACACCGGGAUUGGGAUCUUGCUCGAGAAGGACUCUGCCCUUGAAGAGGCCUCACUCUUCCAUUUCUUGACCCCCUUCAGCAAGGAGACCUGGGCGGGCAUCUUUGUGGCCUACCUGUUCUCCAGCCUUUGCUUGUUCCUUGCUGCCAGAAUGAGCCCGCGCGAAUGGGAUGGUAAUGAGGAGGUUUGCUUCACAUUCCUGAACAGCCUGUGGUUUGGAGUAGGAGCGUUCACCCUGCAAGGGGCUGUGCCUCGACCCAAGUCCCUCUCUGUACGGUUAAUUACUGCCAUCUGGUGGCUGUUCAGCAUAGUGCUCCUGACUGCGUACAUUGCCGGCUUCAGCUUUGUUUUGGAGUCGGGAUCUGAGCAGCUCUCCAUCCAGACCUUUGAAGACCUGGUGAAGCAGAGGCAGCUGGAGUUUGGGACCAUGGAAGGCUCCUCCACCCUUCUGUACUUCAAGAACUCCAAGAACCCAAUCCAGCAGAUGGUCUAUGAGUCCAUGAACAAGAAGAAGGACACCGUUUUGGUGAAGAAUUACCAGGAGGCAAUUCAGCGUGUGCUGGAUUCGAAUUACGCUUUCAUUGGAGAGUCCAUCUCUCAAGAUCUUGCUGUUGCCCGCCAUUGUAACUUGGUUCGGUCUCCAGAGGUCUUGGGGGCUAGGGGGUUUGGCCUUGCUACACAGAAAGGAUCCCCCUGGACUAACAAGCUGUCAGUGGCCAUCCUGAAGCUUGGAGAAUCCGGGGAACUUGACUACCUCCGGAGCAAGUGGUGGGAGAGCAGCUGUUCCCAAGAAGAUCACGACAAGUGGAGCCCGCUGAAACCUCAAGCUCUGGGAGGGAUCUUCCUCAUACUUGCCCUCGGCCUUGCCUUGGGAAUGAUUAUUGCUGUGGUUGAGUUGUCAAAAAAAAGCAGACACACAGCAGAGCAGGAGAAGAAAUCUUGCUGCGCCGUGUUCACCAAGGAGCUGAGCCAGCGAUUCCAGCCGAGGAAAGCCAAGCCACAAGAGAGCGCCGGGAAAUGAAAGCCGUGGGAUGACGUCAGAGAAGCGCAAGGCCAAACCUUAAUGAACUUUUCCUCUCCCCUUUAAAAAGCAAAUGCAGAAAGCGACUGUGCAUUCCUUAGCGGUGCUCACCUUCAGCACCCCCGCCUAAUAGUAGGGGAUGUGUGGUUACAAUCUAGAGUAGGUUCUUCAUAAUAACACAAGUCCUAUAGAACCCCCCCUGCCCCGCCCCACCCAAAUACGUAUCAGUGCAAACUGCAGGCGAGUGAAUCAAUUUGUUCUGGGGCUUUGCUAGCACUUGCGGCCUUGGAUUCUUAACAUUUUUUCCAUUCCAGAGUGCACAUUACCGGUGUUUGCAAACUACUGCUUUGGCUGGAUGACUGGUGAUGAGAACAAUGAUUGGGGACACUUGGUAGAAGCUAUGCAAAUAAUUCAUUCAGAGGUCUAGCCAAGCAGCAACAGUACUGAUGACUUGUAGGGGUUGUGGUGACGGCCAUACUGUGAGUUAAGUGUAGAAAUGAGCUCCGUAAGUAAGCUUUUUAAAGAUCAAGUACCUAGUCCUUAGAGAGACUGAAAGCAUUUGGGCACUACCUGGUGAAAGAAGGAAGGGCUGCAGAUUGUUUGGGCGGAAGCUUGUUUCAGCAGCCGUUGGAGCAACUCCCUCUUCCCCCCGGAGCAACGUGAAUGAUGCAAAAUGUGCUCAGUGUGCAGAUUUGAGGCUGCAGGCUGAACGAAUUAUGUGGCUUUUCCUUGGCCCAGAAUCUGGCUUGCAUUUAGUGUGAGGUGUAUGCAACCUUAAAGUGGCCCGUUCAGCUGUCUUAUUGACAAGUUAUUCAGAAGGGGACGGAGUUUAAAUCAAAGGCUUAACAGAAGGCUCCUUCCUGGUACCCCACAUAAGAAGUCUGCUACCCAGCAUAGCAACAGGUCUGCGGAUAAGGCGGCCUUCCUCCCAACCUGAAAGUCUUUCCGAUGUUCUGAACUACAGCUCCCAUCAGCUCCAGCCUGCAUGGUAUGAUGGGAGUUGUAGUCAAAAACAGCUAUAGUAAGGAGUAGGAUUAAUGUUCCCAAAUACCUCCAUCCAACACAGAUUUGUGUGCCCUUAAGCCCACUGAGCACGCCUGACUGUGUUGGAUUGAGGUGUCUAAAGUCCCAAGAGCUUUGUUUUUACUUAAAUUAGAGCCCGAGUGUGUACAUCUGAACUUUGCUUGCAAAUGACAGUAGAUUGAAAAAGUACGCAGGGGGGGAUGAAAUAUCAUCCCAGGGCAUAAUACUGCUGGGUUUACACAAAUGACUUUGUGGAAUGUGUAACUGGGGAAUUGAAAAUAAAAGGGCAGACUAAGUUAGGAUGCAAGCUAGUGCUACUUAAAAACACAGAACUCUCUGCCUGUAGGUCCUCUCUGCAAGCCAGCCACCUUGCCUUACAAAACAGAACAAAGAAUUAGCAAUAUUUUGUAUGUAUCACAGAAAAACAUCUAAAAUAAAAAUCAU